AUGUACAGUAGAACCUCCUUUAAAGUCGCGCCAGUAGUGGAGAGCGAGUCGCGCCGCAGUGCGCAUGCUCAGUGCUCACCGCGCUGUGCCGUGUGACAGUGUGCAGUCAGUCCGCGGGUGUCGGAGGCACCGCUGGAGCUCGGAGGGAUGUCCGCGCGCCUCUCCCUGUCUCUGUACCGCCUGGAAGCGGAGGUCGAGCGCUGCCGGGCCGAGUGCCAGUGGGACAGGAUCCCUGCGCUGGUGGAGCAACUGGCAGCCGCUCGCUUCCACGAAGACGAUGACUACGGGUUGCUGCUUCAAGCUGAGGCUCUUUUGGAAGAAUGCCUGCUAGAGAACGUGGCUCUUCUAAGGAACUCCACCCCUUUGUCCGAACACACUCAACCCAAAUUAGCCCAAGCCAAAGGCCAUUUGAACAGCCUACUGAGCAGAGGACGCCUGGAGCCACGCUACCUAAAUGAAGCUUUACUCCUCCUGGCCAAAGUGCACUAUGCAGAGGGUCACUAUCGAGAUGCCCAGGGCAUGUGCGCCCGAGCUGGCAUUGAGGAGUUUGCUCGGGAUGAGCAGCCGCUUUACCAUCUGCGCCUGCUGGCAGAGGCUUUUGUCAUCAAAGGUCUGUCUCUGGACCAUCAAACAGUGUCUGCUGCCUCACGUGUUCGGCUCUCUGAGAGAGAAGAGGAAAGUCUGUCCUGUUAUGUCCGGGCCUGUGAUACGGCUUUGCUCUACCUGCAGGAGUUAGACAAGCUUGUUGGCACAGCGAGCAACAAGACAGCCAAAAGCAGCGUCUCAUCUAGUCCAGCUGAGGCAGACCCAGGUUACUUCCUGCAGGCGGCUCUCCAGAGCGCAUAUCUUUGCCUGCUGCACAAAGGUCAUUUGGUUCAAGGGACUAAUCAAUUGCGUCAGGUCUUGAGGGUGGUGGAAAGCCGAGGGUCUCAGAAUUUUCGCAAGACGGUAGCGAGGAAGCUUGCUGAGGUGUUGUUGAGUUCAGUCAGUGAGGAAAGCUACUGGGGGCCACUGUCACCUCCACCCCCUACUUGGCUGCAUAAGGAAGGAGCCAAACACCCAAAAGAUGCCAUCUAUCCUUCAUGCAGACCACCACAGUACUACAGCACAGAGGGUGCGUUCUGUCCGCAGGACGUGGUGGAAGAGGCUGUGCUCCUGCUGCUCAUCACCGAGUCAAUGGCCAGCGCUGAGGCAGUGAUCAGCCGCACACCCGAGCACAAGGAGGCACGUGAGGCCAGCAUUCAAGAUGCUUCGUCUGUGUAUGACAUGCUAAGCAUUGGCAUGGCCAGGAGGGGGCAAUAUGCCAUGCUCUCUGAGUGUUUGGAGCGAGCUAUGAAGUUCUCUUUUAAUGAGUUUCAUCUCUGGUACCAGCUGGGAUUGUCUCUCAUGGCUAGUGGAAAGAAUGAAGGUGCGGUGUCUGUGCUUAAAGAGUGUGCCAGGAUGAAACCACAGGACCCCACACCACCAAUGCUGGCAGCCAAAGUGUGCAUUAACCAGCUGCACUGGCUAGAUGAAGCUGAGUCUCUUGCAAAAGGUGUGGUUGCUUUGGGUGAUGGAGCUCAAGAGCAUCUUGCUAGAGCACACCUGGCCAUAGGACUGUGUUAUAGUCUACAAGCUUCAGAUGUGAUGCUGAAAGGUGACAGAGAUGAAUUCAACAGAAGAGCUCUACAUGCGCUACAGACUGCUCAUGCAGUGGACCCUCAGGACCCUCAGAUUGCCUUCUACCUCUCUCUUCAGCUUGCCUUAGUGCGACAGGUGUCGGCAGCAAUGGAGCCUCUGCAGCUGGCUUUAAAUCUACGCAGUGACGACCUUCAGUCCUUACAUCUGCUGGUGCUCCUGCUUAGUGCUCAGAAACACUACCAACAUGCCCUAGACACACUUGCCCUAAGCCUCAGCCAAUACCCUGAUGACUUCAACCUGCUCUUUACCAAAGUGAAACUGGAGGAGGCUCUGUUUGGUCCAGCUUUAGCCCUGCAGACAUGUGAGGAAAUGCUACACUUGUGGCAGAAUAGCUACGAUUUUGCUCGGCCAAGUGAGGCUGAUGACAACAGCAGUAUUCCUCCUCCUGAGCCGGGCCCAUUAACCAGAAAACCCAGCGGCCUACAUCUCACUCUACCAGAUUUCCAAGAGACAGAAACUGGCUCUCAGAGUGCUCCGUCCUUGGCUGUGUCUCGGCUGGAGCAGGCCAUGUCAGAAGUGUCUGCGAUCAGUUCUACACAGAGACAUGGCCCGGUCCACAUUUGGACCACUCUGGAACGCAUCUGGCUGCAGGCAGGUGAGCUCUUCAUGGCUGACGGACGACUAAAGGAGGCUCAGUUUUGUGUGCAGGAGGCCGGAGCACUUUUCCCCACCUCACACUCUGUGUUGCUGCUGAAGGGUCAACUCGCUGAGCGCAGAGGCAACGAUACUGAGGCCAAGAGUUUGUAUGAUGAAGCUUUGGCUAUCAACCCCACGGGACACCAUAUACUAAUCCAUCUAGGGAGGCUGUUGAUCCGCAUGGGCCGGGUAGGUUUAGGAGAGAAGGUGUUACGAGACGCUGUGCAGACCUACAGUCUGGCGCACGAAGCGUGGAGUGGCCUAGGGGAGGCGCUGCAGAGCCGCGGCAGCGCUCAGGCCCCUGACUGCUUCCUCACGGCCCUGGAGCUGGAGUCCAGCUGUCCCAUCAGGCCUUUCACCAUCAUCCCCCGAGAGCUGUGAGAGCAGAUCCCCAGCAAGUCUCUCACACAUACACUCCCACAUAUAUGUUAUCCCAUGUUAUAUUUAAAGUGUCUCACUUUUGUACUAUCAGGAAAACUUUUUUUUUCCAAAAGUGCUGAUACUGUAAACAGGUUAUAAGUUUAUUACAUUGACUAUGUUAAUCUGAAGCGACAUACGAAUCUGAAAUCAUGCAUAAAACAAACUUUUCUCAUGUUGAUGCACAUUUCAAUUUCCAACAUGGAAAAAAACUGCAGGAACACAGCUACCACACCAAAGAAUAUGUAUAAAUGUGUUGCUGUAUAACUGUACUGUAUAACACAUGCAAACACUGCGUGCUAAAUCAUACUUAUUUCACAGACAUAUGACAAUCACUAUGUCACUUUAAGGUUUGUAUUUUGGAUAUGUGAAUGUUAAUCCUUUCUAUAAAGAGUGAUUCUGAGACCA